ACAUCUGGAACGGCCUCCCAGAAAACGUUGUGACCGCACCUGUCUUAACUAGCUUUAAAGGAAAUAGUUCACUUUUAACAUGGGGUUUUGAACUGGAAUAGCAGUUUCGUAGCUUGAGCUGAGACUAGCUCAAAUCAGGAGCUUUUACGGCUCAACGAUCACCCUAGACGAAGAUAUUCCAUUUCUCGUUCCGAAAAGAGUGCCUUGCAGAGGAAUGCGUGCCUUGCACAGGAAUGCAGCCACGUCAUCGUCAGCCAAUCAGCAUGCUGCUUACAGCCAAUGCAGUAUGCGUAGGUUUGAAUUACGCGAUAUGAUUGGUCAACGCGUAAUAAGCUUCCGCCUCAAACAUUAUUUUACAUAGAAUAUAGUUCGUCCUAUAUUAAAAUAUAGAAAAUAAUUGUUUUUACAAAAAGGUUUUACUUUCUUUCAUUAUCAUUUUGAGCAUAAAAAAUCAUAAAUCAAUAGCAAAAUACUAAUUUCAGGAAAGUGAACUGUUUCCUUUAAGAGGGCCUUGGCCGAUGCGUUUCGUGACGAACUGUACCAGCCUUCGGAGUAGUUGAUGAUGAGCAACUUCGUGUCAAAUAUUCUUGAUUCGCAUGUAUUUUUUCGUAUGAGCUAUUUAUGUGGAUGCUAUAACUCCAGUUGCUAUCUAACCCCUCUUUACUCGCGAAUUCUUAUCUCAACUGGCGCAUCCUUUGAUCCUGGGUUCCCUUGCCUUGACUAUCCUUAGGGCUGUCAGGCUUGGUGAACCCUACCAGGUGAGAAUACCAGACCUCUGACGAGUAUAGGAGGAACUACAGCUUUGAUCAGCGCCCACCAGGUGUCAGUAAAGUGGCAGUGAUGGCGUCCGGCAGCACCUCGGGCACCAGCCAGUCGGCGGUCGCCUUUCGCCGCUGGGAGAUGGACAAUAGCAUGCAGAUCGUCAAUGCAGUCGACGAGGUGUACCGGUUCGACCAGAAGCAGCAGCAGGAUAUUCUCACGGCUAAACCCUGGGAGAAGGAUCCGCACUUCUUCAAGGAGAUCAAGAUUUCAGCGCUGGCCCUGCUGAAAAUGGUGAUGCACGCUCGCUCGGGAGGCACGCUGGAAGUAAUGGGCAUGCUCAUCGGAAAGGUGGACGGUAACAUUAUGAUGGUGAUGGACUCGUAUGCGCUGCCCGUGGAAGGCACUGAGACCCGUGUGAACGCGCAGGCUCAGGCCUACGAGUACAUGGCGACCUAUAUGGAGCGGGCCAAACAGGUUGGCCGACUGGAGAACGCCAUCGGCUGGUACCACUCCCACCCCGGCUACGGCUGCUGGCUAUCCGGAAUCGACGUCUCCACGCAAAUGCUCAACCAAAACUUCCAGGAGCCGUUUGUGGCUAUUGUCAUUGACCCUGUGCGGACCAUCUCAGCUGGAAAGGUCAACCUGGGCGCAUUUCGGACGUACCCUAAGGGCUACAAGCCGGCUGACGAGGAGCCAUCCGAGUACCAGACGAUUCCUCUGGAGAAGAUCGAGGACUUUGGCGUCCACUGCAAACAGUACUACUCCCUGGACGUGUCCUACUUCAAGUCGGACCUGGACCGGCGGCUGCUUGACUCGCUGUGGAACAAGUACUGGGUGAACACACUCAGCUCAUCAAACCUGAUCACGAAUGCCGAGUACACGACCAACCAGAUACGCGACCUGUCCAGCAAGCUCGAGGUGGCGGAGAACUCGUGCACCAGAGCCUCCUACACCGGACCCGUGGCGCCAGAUGUGGAUAAGCCGAUGGAGGACAAGCUACUGAAGGCGCACAAGGACACAGAGCGUACCACCAUUGAGGUCAUCCACGGCCUGAUGGCACAGGUCAUCAAGGAGCGCGUCUUCAAUCAGGUGUCGCCGCCCACCGUGCAGUGACUGCUCAGUGAACGCGCAGUGAACGUGCAGUGAACGCGCAGUGAACGCACAGUGACCGCGCAGUGAACGCAGUGACCGCGCAGUGACUGGAGUGAACAGUGAGUGAACUGGAUUCGCAGUGACAUGGCUAACCGCCCAGUGACCGAACCGAGCAGUGUCACUGUAGUGAUGACACUAACUGUGCAGUGACUGGUCCGCGGGUGGUUUUGCUGCGAUGUCCACUGUGAUGAACGGUAGUCUAAACUUGCUGAAGUUCCCAGCUGAGCCUGCCGAAGCGGUGGAUGAACGAAGUCCCGUGUUGCGACCGAGCGCUGCACAGUGACCCGUCGCCCGGUCUCUCGUCUGUGUCAUUGGCGACGGGCCACUGUCUCAAUGUUUGUGCUCUGUGCUCCGUUUUCCGUAUCUCAUUUCUAUACACACAUGCAGCGAGUGCCCCUGAUCCGCUGCCGGGACUGGGCGGGUGCUGGGGCGGCGCCAGCGGACUCCCAUGCGACAGCGACCGAUCAGAUACGCGGUCGGCCCGCGGGACAUGGGCCAAUAUAGGCGAGGGGCGGCUCAGAUUACUGCGGCCCGCCCCCUCCGCGUCCCCCUCUCCCUCCCGCCCCGCCCCGUGCAGUGGGGUGUGUCCACUCCAAGACGGACUGGCCGGGACGGCUGUGCUACCCAGUGUAUGUACGGUACUGCCGCGGGAAUAGCACUGGCCGUGACGGAACAGCGCCGGUCACUCCUGGUAUGUGGAGAUGACGAUCGAACCGUGAUGUGCUCAGUAGGUGAUCGAUGACAACUGUCUGCCGUGAGACGGCUGAGAAGAGAUAAUAAUAAAAAUAUGUGGAUUUAUUGGAGAA